CCAAAGCUAUCGGAGUCUAUCGAAUCGACUACAACUACGUGGCUGCAGUACGUUUAAUAGCGAUUAAAACCAGGCCAAAAGUACCCAGAAAAACGAUGGAAUCGACGCUCGCCAAGGUACUGCUCCUUGUGGGCAGUCUGCUGAUCCUGUGCCGCUCCAGCUACGCCUUCAUCGUCAGCGUGGACGCCCACAAUGAGGAGUGCUUCUUCGAGAACGUCGAAGGCGGCACGAAGUUUGGCGUCACCUUCGAAGUGAUUGACGGUGGCUUCCUAGACGUGGACAUCAAGAUCAGCGGCCCGGAGAACCAUGUGAUGCACGAGAGCGAAAAGGAGUCCUCCGGCAAGUACACCUUUGUGGCCCCCGCCAAGGGAACCUACACCGUGUGCUUCAACAACGAGCGCAGCAGCAUGACCCCCAAACUGGUCAUGUUCUCCAUCGACGUGGGAGAGGCACCGCAACGUGCACCCGGAGCACCCGGCGAGGAGGAGGUGGGCCACACCAAGCUGGAGGACAUGAUCCGGGAGCUCUCCGGCACGCUGACUAGUGUCAAGCACGAACAGGAGUACAUGCAUGUGCGCGACAAGAUCCAUCGCUCGGUGAACGAGAACACCAACUCGCGGGUGGUGCUGUGGUCCACCUUCGAAGCCCUGGUGCUGGUGCUGAUGACAGUGGGCCAGGUGUACUACCUGAAGCGCUUCUUUGAGGUCAAGCGCGUGGUGUAAUCCCGACCGGAAAACCAGGAUGGAAGUAGCAAAGGAAGGCGACACACAAAACUCUGGGGGAAAUGUGUGCGCAAUGCGUUGCAGUCUCAGAUUUAAUUUAAAUGAUUAACAACCUUUUGUAAUUAAAAUAAAAUACCUUGUAAAAAGUAA